AUGACCUUAGCAGAGCCUUUGCUUCACGCGUGGCCUUCGGAAGUGCCUUCGCAUCUGCCAAACGUCAAAACAGAUGUUGCGCAGGCGAAGCUCACGCCCAACCACAGCACCGACAGCGAUAAUUCAGAAGAUGUGGCUACGGGAAAGGGAGUUCCAGACACCAAGCGCAUGACUGGCGCAGAAGCAACCUUCACACUGGUGAGCUUUUUGCUGAACGUGGCGAUGUUUACUCUGCCUUUCUGCUUCGUCCGUGUGGGCUGGCUUGCAGCCUUCCUCAUCAUGCUGACGGGGUCCAUCUGCAUGCUGGCAGCCUUGAUGCUGCAGGAAGCUUUGUACGCUCUGGUUGGCCAUGGCGUCCGCUGUCCAGAUUAUUCGGACCUGGCUACAGCUGCGCUAGGUCCAGCAUAUGCUUCUCUUGCACAGCUGGUGGCCUUGGCUGAGUUGGCAAUCUAUGGCAGCAACAGCGUGAUCAAUCUUGGCAAUGCUGCCAUGGCUGUGUGCCCGUUAUCCAGAAACUCCAGAAUACUGGCCGGGUGUAUGCUCUGCCUACUCCUGUCGGCAUUCUCUGACCGGGCGUUCGCAUACAUCAACUUGAUUUCGUCUGCCGCGUCCAUAGCAAUCUUGGGCUUGCUGUUGUAUGGCGGUUGGCAGGCGUCAGAAUGGGCAAUGCCGGAUACGAUCCCAGACACGAGCACUGAUUUUUGGCACUACAUUCCCAGCUGCUUCGCAAUGAUGCUUUUCACUGCCGGCACUCAUCCUUUGAUUUGUGGCGUCAUGCACACAACACGCAGCUACAUGGAGUUGCGUCGCGCAAUUCUCAGUGCUUGGACAAUCUACACGGCAGUGACCGUCUUGUGCGCUGGCUUGGCAUAUCAAAUGUAUGGAUCCUCGUUGCAGCCCUUCGCCAUGGACAAUAUUGGAAGGGACUUGCAGCUCCAUCUGCAGGAGGGAGGAGCCAAGCUGAAGGUUGCUGCUGGCGUGUGGAUGGCCAUCAAGGUUCUAGUCGGCAUUGUUCCCAUUACGAGACCACUCGCCAACGCAUACGCCCGGAAGAUGAGUUGGCUGGGCCAAGACGAGGCCUCUGGGCCACUGCUGAUGCUUCCAGUGCUCCUCAGCCUUGCUGCAGCGGCAGUAUUUUUUGCUGAGCGCAUUGAGGCGCUGGAAAGCAUGGCUGGGUGCACCGUCACCAGCUUCAACGUGCUGCUUCUGCCAGCCAUUUCCUACCUGCUCAUUUGCAAGCCGAGCGGAGCAAGCUACUGUUGCGCGGUCUCCUUCGUCGUCUUGGGUGCAGUGCUGGCGCUCUCUCCCAUGGCCUACGUAAUUUGGCGGACCGCGAGCGGCUUUGAGGAUAUCACUCGGAGUUUCCAUAGCAUGGCAGAGGCUAUGAGCGCUCUCGUUCGGCCGUGGUUGGCAGCUGAAUCAUGA